AGAGGUUGAACUUUCCUCUAAACCUUGCCUUGUUCAGUUUCUUGCGAGAUGAAUUUAAUAGGAUUUGUGUUAGAACGGACAGUCUUUCAGUGAGACAAAGCUCUACAUGUCGGCGGGUUUCGAUUAGCUCACUCCUUGGUUAAUAAUUAACUGUGAGCUUGCUUGUAACCUGAAAGAAAUGGCUGCCUCUAGAAAAAAUCUGAGGUUGGUCUUUGAAAGACGUGAGAAGAUUACUUCUCUGCCUUUAUAUUAUGAUGGAUUCCUGUGGAAAAAAAGUACAAGUGAUAAGGACUUCCAAAGAUACUGGUCAGAACUACGAGGCUCCUCAAUUUUCUUUUACUCCGAUGACAAAGAUGUGACAUACACAGAAAGGAUGGAUCUGCAGCAUUUCAUAUCUAUAGGAGAUGACAGCAGCCAGGCAGCCGGCUUCCGACUGCAUCUAGGCAACGGGGAGGUGAAACUGAAGGUAUCUCAACUAAAGUUCCGAUCUGUCCACAUAUUAACUUAG